AUGAGUUCAGAAGCGGAUAUUUCAUCGUUAGAAAGCAGUAUCGAAUUAAAAGAUACGCUUAUAGAUACGAAAUGGUUUCAACCGGAUGAAAUUCAUUCACUAUUGCCUACCGGAAAUAGAUGGAGUAAACGGACAAAGAAAGCAAAAAUAAAUAAACUUCAAGAUUCUCAUCGUCCAUUUUACAUACGUUGGUAUGAUGCAUAUAAAAUUCGUGCUUUAAAUCAAAGACUUGAACAAUACAACAUAAACGAAAUACAAUCUUUCAUAGAGCAAAAAAUUCGCAAAAUAAAUGAUAUCAUAACAGAAGAAGAAAUCAAGUUACGCUUAAUUUCAUCGGUUGUUCUGAAACCGGAUCAUAUAAAAAGUGAUCCUGAUUACUUGACACGUAAAUAUGGGACAAAUUUGAUUCGUUGGUUGGACGAUGUUGCAGCUAAAUUGAAUCGACCAUCAAAGGAAAUUAUCGAAGAGUUAAUGAUUGAUUUCACAUAUCUGAAAGAGGCUGACCCAUUAUCGAAUUGGACCGAACAGAGUAGUGAAUUUUAUCAUCGAAUGCUUGAAAGGAUAAAUAAUUUUGCUUCAACAAUGGCUGAUAUGGUUAAAUAUUCAUUUAUUAUUGAACCAGGUACAAUAACACCUCAUCUAUCGGAAUAUAUGGCAGAAUUUCAACAGUUAAAAACAUUUUUUGAGCGUAAUCCGUUAUCAUCAAAAGAAACCGAACAGAAUGCAUUUAAUCAAAAUCUUGAUAAAGCAAGAAAUAAAUUAUUCGAAUGUGCUGAUAUUAGUCGUGUUAUAUUAUGGCGUAAAAAAACAAUAAAUUACGAUAAUGGUUCAAUUAUUUCCUAUAAGCCUAGAAUACGAGAAUUAUCACACUUACAUCAUACGGAUGACAUUUUAAAGCCUAUUAAUGUGACAACAAAUCAUUCCACCAAUAAAAGCAAUGAUUUCAUUCAUGCAUCAUACGUACGUGGUGGUCCACUUUUGAACACGUUUAUUUUAACACAAGCACCAUUUCCGUCAACAAUUAAUGAUUUCUGGGAAAUGGUUUGGCAGGAACGCUCGAAAUAUAUCAUCAUGUUAUGUAAAGCUGUUGAUAUUAAACGUUUAGGCUUAUUAGAUGGUGUAUUACCUAAUACGUGCGUAUAUUAUUGGCCAAGAUAUGAACAUGAUAAGGAACAAUAUGGUGAUUACAUUAUUUGCAAUGAUAAAAUCGAUGGUACCAUUGAUCCAUUUUUCAAUGUCACCUAUUUAACUAUGCAACGAGUUGAUGAUCAAGAAGGUUUUGUGCAUAAAUUAGAACAUUGGCAAUAUGAUUGGAAUGAUUUCACUGAUUUUUAUUGGCCAUUACGUAUACUUAGACGAGUACGUUUAUCACCAACAGCAACAAUUAUACAUUGUUUGGAUGGUUGUGGUCGUUCCGGUACUUUGGUUACUAUUGAAGUAUUACUAAUGCAUUUACUUAGAGGAUCAGCUCAAUACAAUAAGUUAGUACUUACGACAGCAAUAUUUGUGCGACUUCAACGACGUCAUGCAAUUUUAUCACUCUUACAAUAUCUCUUUAUCUAUCGUACAUUACUUCAUUGGAUGCAACCAUUUAUAACUUCAAAUAUUACACGUUUUAUACUUGGAUUAAUUUUUCCUGAGUGGGGUUUUAUUGGUAAAUAUCAAAAAAUGAUUAAUUAUCGUUAUAGAUUUCAGUGA